AUGUUAGCAAAACUUAUUUUAUUUGCAUAUAUUUUAUUGUAUCACGGUUCUAAUGAAGAUAUCAUUAAUAUGGGUGGUGAUCCGAACCGUCCAGUCAAUACUACACAUAAAGAGACAUUGAAGGUGUUCAGUGGCAAUACAAAUAUAAACUCGACUAAUCGCUGUAUUGCCUUAGGUAUAUCUUUUGACCUCUGGGGUCAAUUGCCAAUACAAUAUCCUCAAGAAACUGGAAAUGGUGGUUGUGAUGCACUUUGGGCAAAAGAAUGUUCAAAAAAUAUUCUUGCUAAAUUGGUGAGCUCCUUUCAAAAUAUCAAAGAUCGAAUUUGCGGAGUUCCCAUACCAGACAUCCUAUUACAACCUCCUCCAGGCUGUCCACCAAAAAAUUCGUCUCAUAGUGGAAUCAGCAGUACAGUAUUUCUUCAUAAUGGUACCUUUAUGAUUAACAGCUCAGAGCCAACAGAUCCAUCAAAAUCAUGGGUAUAUUAUCAAAGUGAUCCUUCAAUCGAUGGUGAUUAUAAUGAACUUAUGAAAUAUUUUGUCUUUACAUAUUUUGUUGGACGUGGUUAUAUUUCAGACUCUAUUGAUGCUGCGAUAUCUUGUAUGUCUGUUUUUAAUAAAACCAUAGGGCCAAGUGAUGAAGCCAGCCAAUUGUUCGUAUCUAAAAACUUUUCCAUUUUGCUGUGCUUAUUCGUCAUUCUCUUCAACAUCAUUUCUUAAUUUGCAUUUUAUUUCUCGGUUUAUAAUAUACAAACUAUAAUUAAGUCAAUAUUUAUAAUAAUGACAAUUGAAAACGAUAAAUUGACAUGAUUAAAUUCAUGAGAACUUCGUUUAUUAUCUUUCUUUGAUUUAUUUAUAAAUAAAAUACUAUUAUUUUUAUCAGCUAUUGAUAUCUAAUGAUGGAUUGAAUUGCGUAGAAUUUCAAUAAAUCUUUUUUCAAAGUAUUAAUACAAAUUCAGAUUUCACGAAAAUUUCAGAAUGAAAUACAAAUCAUUUCCAUCUUUAUUAUAUAACAAUAUGAUUAUAGUAUGUUCAUAGUUUUUCUUCUAUAAUUACAUUUCAAACAGAGAUAACAGGUGAAUAAAUAUAUUUUUCUUGUGUUUUUUUAUUCACAAAAUUGAUAUCAACGAAGAAUAUGAUUCUCUAUCAUGAAAUGCCAGUUUUACACAAAUUUGUGAAUCUAGUAGUCUAAUCAACACAAUUUUACUAGUCUUGAAUCAUGUAUAUUUGCUUCAAUUAAUUCAGUAACAAAAUUUGAAAAUAUUUUUACACAAAUUCAGAGUCUAAAUAGACUUGUUGAAUCAUAUCUUAAUAUAAAUAAAAAAGAUAAACGUUAUAUAACUCGAAUGAUGUUAAUGCGCCAACCAUCUUUUCCUUUGUUCAGCGGGCACUUCAACAUUACCUAAAAUGUUAUCUUUCAAUUCAAUAAUAUUUGUUAUAUUUGAUAUUUAUUCAAUUGCUUAUAUUUUACGUUAUUAAUUUAACGAAUUUAAAAUAGUGUUAGUCAAUAAGUUUUAUUUUUUGAACCGAAUAGUGGAAAUAGGAUAAGAUGAGUUACGAAAGGAGUUUGAAUGAAAAGAGAGAAAAAAAAACGGAAUUGUUUAGAUAAAAUGAUUUGAAUGAAUCAAAUCAAAGAAAUGGAUCAAAAAUGGAAGCACGUAAAUGAAGGAAAUGUAAAGAAAUAGUUUAUUUUGAUAGGAAAAAAAAUUGUAUAAAGAUAGUGACGUGUUUCGAAUUUUAUCUUCGUCAGACUACCCAAAAAAAAAAAAAAAGAAAAAGAAAUAUAUAUAUAAAUGAUGUGCCAAAAAUAAAUACCAUAAUGUAUUUUUUUAUAUAUAUCAUGAUGCGUGUUUUUCGUUGAUAGAUUCGAGAGCAGUGGAUAGAAAAAACAUUUAUAUAUAUAAAUAUAUAAAUAACGUGCCAAAAUAAAUGAUCUGAUGCAUUUUUUAUAUAUAUUUUUUAUAUAUUUUAAAUAUAACGUGAUGCGUAUUUUUCGUUAAUAGAUUCGAGAGAAGUGAAUAAAAAUUUAUAUAUAUAUAUAAAUAUAAUAAAUGAUGUAAUGUAUUUUGUUAUAUUGAUAGAUUCGAGAAGUGGAUAAAAAAAAUAUAUAAAAAUAUAUAAUAAAUGCUGGCAUCCCACUCCGCCUCUUUUUCCUCCUUUUCCUCUUUUCUUUUAAAAUUCCUCUUUUUAGCCUCUUUUUCCUCUUUUCUCACAGAAAAGUAGCUUGUUGGCGAAAACAUCCAUGAAUAUAUUGAUUAAUGUUACUAUAUCUUACGAAAAGAUUACAAAACACAAACUGAUGUGCCGAUCAGUCGAGAUGUAUACCUAAGGAGGCUAAAUUAUACGAUUUUAGUGAUCAACUUCAGCGAUGUUAUAUAUUCCUAAUUGGGACCCAAUUUUUAUAACUCUCUAGUGGAGGCAAAAUCGCUCAAUUAUAUUUUCAAUGUGAACUCAUCAUUCUCUCACAAUCUUGGCAAGUUUUUCUGGUAAAGAUCGACAUGUAAAAUGAUAAUAUCGGCUUACUUUUCUUGACCAUUUUUCUCAGUCCAAGGGAAGCUUGUGAUGUGAAUCUAACAAUGGAUAGCUAACUCUUAGCAUAACAUAUUGCGUCAAAAUGAGAAGAAGUUUCCAGAGUGGCUAGAUCUAUCCUAGAAUCUUGUCAGAUUCGAUAGUAUUUCUUCGAUACGAUAGCUUCUGAUAGUAUGAUGUCGUAAGUUAAAGAUUUCUGCUUAUCAGAUACCGAUAAAAGUUUUCAUGUUGUAUCCGGCAGUAUCUGAUCCUUCAAAAUUACUGGGUUGAUUACAGAUGCCGUGGUAUGUUGCUAGAUUACCUUACGCGAUUGAUUUAGGGUGUGGGUGUGG